GUCGCGCAUUUAUGACGUCAAAUUAUAGUUUUUCGAGUAGCACACGCAUGAGCCCAAAACAACAGCGUUUAUGUUGUUUUUCCUUUUAAUUUGAUGUUUAGUGUGCGUUUUUCAGCGGUGUUGUAAUAACAUUUCGCGGUUAAGUACGACAUAGGUUUUCCUCGCUUAUAUUUGGUUUGUUGACGUUUUAAUUCUGCUAUUUUUUGUUGUAAUGGAGGAUUUAUCAGAGGAUUUGAGAACGUUUCUACAGAAUCAUCCAUUCUUUGAGCUCACAGACUCUAAGAAGGUAAAACAUACAGAUUCAUGUGAUCAAUGUGAAGAUUUAAAAGUGAAGUGCACAUUGAACGGUCAUGAGUUUCCGUGUAGUCUAGCUGAACUGCAGCAUUUCACAUCAGGAAAGAAAUACAAGAAACUGUCAGAAGAGGCAGAAUUUGAUUACAGUCAGUAUGAGCCUCAUAUAGUGCCCAGCACUAAACAACUUAAUCAUCUCUUCUGCAAGCUCACUUUACGUCACAUCAGUCGCAUACCGCAACACAUUCUACGCCACGUCAACGGCAAACGAUACAAGAAAGCUCACGAGAAGUAUGAGGAGUGUGUUCGUCAAGGUGUGGAGUUUGUUCCUGCCAGACUCAAACAGAAAAAGAGACCCAAAGAGCGUGAUGAUGUCACAGGAAGUGACAGACGACACAAGAAGAAGGAGGACAGUGGAAUCUGGGCUCCUAGCUCGAGUGACGUCGAAAAUGGCGACUCGGAGGACAGCAUGUCUGACCUUUACCCCACGUCGAUGUUCACUUCAAAGAAAGCAGAGGAUGAUGAGGGUAUGAGAAAUGGAGAGGAAGAGGAUUUUGAGACUGAUAAUGAUGACGACGUGUCUGAAAUGGAGGUAGAAAACCAGACACCGAAACGCAAAAAGGUACAGUCCAGUGGAUUUACUAAAAAAUUUAAGAAGAACAAAAAGAAGAAAGGUUUUAGACAUGUUGCCAAAGUAAAUGGAAAAUAAAGUGAAUAAUAAAGUAUGUGACUCAUUAAAA